GGAAGUCAGUCAGCUGGGGAGCGCGAAGAGGGGGUGAGUGAGAGAGAAAAAAGACAGAAAAAACGUAAGAAAUGAAGCAAGCAAGAAAAACCCGGCCUUUCUUUCUUCCGACAGAACACCUCCAUCCCCAUGAUCUCAUGAAUAAAUUAUAGCGACUCGUUGUGCAAUAGAGAGAGGAAUGCAGUCGAGCAGACUCGCGCACGCACACGCACGCACGCGCGUAGGAGAAACAGCAGCAGCACGAGAGCGACACUCUGGAUUUACACAAAAACAUUUCCUUAAAACACACAAAUGCUGACAGAGAGCUUAAGUGUUAUUUAAUUACACAUGGAUCAUAAAAAUAUUUACCCAUAACGAAGUACCUGCGAAUAUGAUCCAGUUUUAAACGGUUUUAGUGUGUUUUCACGGCUUCCGAUUUGUGAAUUAACCUCAGAUAUCUUAGAAAAGCGUGAAGGGCUUUUAUUUUUAAACACUUCAAAAGGAUUUCCUUACCAAAAUCGCUGAACACGGAAUCAAGUCCACCCAACAGAUCAACCUCGGGCAGCCGGAUUGGAAGACUGCCUGCUAGGUUGAGGAGAGUUGGGGUGCCCCGUAGACCCCUAGAUUCCUCCGAUGAACCCCAUCAACUCCAUGAAACCUGCCCUCCCUCCAACGCCACACAGUGACGCCUCUUACCUAUAUGAUCCUGUCCCCUGGCAGCAAGGCCACAAUCAGCCUGCAGGCUCCCUCUCUGUGGUAACCACAGUGUGGGGGGUAACCAAUCCUUCACCCAGCCAGGUUUUUGGCGCUCCCAUGGGUCCAGGCGGAAACUCAGCCGGUGGUCACAUGAUGCCUGGCAACAGCCCAGGCAUGAACUCUCCUCAGUUUAUGGGCCAGCAGGGCUACCCCGAGCCCAACAAGGGCUACAUGCAGCAGGGCAUGUACGGGCGUCCCAGUGGAGGAUACCCAGCCGGGCCUGGAUAUGGGGGCAGUUACCCCAAUAAUGGAGGAGGAUCCCUGGGGAUGCCGCCCCAUGGAGUUCGCCCGCCCACCGACUUCACCCAAGCGGCCGCUGCAGCAGCUGUGGCUGCAGCCGCCGCCACUGCGACAGCCACCGCCACGGCAACAGUUGCCGCGAUACAGGAGAAGCAAAACCAAGAACUGAACUACGGGCCUAUGGGUGGCGCUUCCUCUUACAACACCCAGUUCCUGUCGCACUCCGGGCCCCGCGGCCCGCCCGGUAUGACCCCGUCCGGAAUGGUCAGCUCCAGACCCCCUUCCAUGGGACCCAUGUACACACAGCAGGGCCAGAGGAUGCCUCAGCAUCCCGUCUAUUCUGGAGGCCAGCAGGGUCCUCCGCGACACCAGCAGGGUCUGAAACGCCCCUACAACUCCGACGGAUUUCCGGGUCAGCAGUAUGGUCCCGGAAUGGGAGCUGGGGGCCCAUACCCAGGCCAGCCCAUGCAGUACCAUGGUCCUGGACCCCAGCGGUCCGCCCCUUCCCCAUCUUACCCAGCCCAUCGAAUGCCCCUCCAACAACCCAAUAUGGGCCAGUAUCCUGCAGGACCAGGAAACCCCGGCCAGUUCUACAAGGACCAGUUUAACGGACAGGGCAACAGCCACAACAGCCUGUCCUCUGGAGUGACGGGAGCUGGAUACAACACCUUCAACCAGGCCUCUGUCAAUGGGCCCGGGCGUGCGAUGACAGGAUAUCCCAGCUCUCCUCUCCCAGGAAACCCCACUCCUCCUAUGACCCCUGGCAGUUCAAUGCCCCCGUAUAUGUCCCCCGGCCAAGAUGUCAAAUCGCCCUUCCUCCAUGAUGUCAAGCCCAACAUCAACUCUCUGCAGCCCCCUUCAGGGAACCCCAGUGAUGACCUGCGCCUGACGUUCCCAGUAAGGGACGGUGUUGUGUUAGAACCCUUCAGACUGGAGCACAACCUGGCCGUCAGCAACCACGUCUUCCAGCUGCGAGACUCCGUCUACAAGACCCUUAUGAUGAGGGAUUGCCCUCCACUAACCCGGCCAGACCUGGAGCUGCAGUUCAAGUGCUAUCACCAUGAAGACCGGCAGAUGAACACCAACUGGCCGGCAUCGGUGCAGGUGAGCGUCAACGCCACACCUCUCACCAUCGAGCGCGGGGACAACAAGACGUCCCACAAACCCCUGUACCUAAAGCAUGUGUGCCAGCCGGGACGCAACACCAUCCAGAUCACAGUCACGGCCUGCUGCUGUUCUCAUCUGUUCGUGCUGCAGCUGGUUCAUAGGCCAUCUGUGCGCUCCGUGCUUCAAGGUCUCAUGAAGAAGAGACUCCUGCCAGCUGAGCACUGUGUCACUAAGAUUAAGAGGAACUUCAGUAGCGGCACCAUCCCCGGAACUCCCGGUCUUAACGGCGAGGACGGCGUGGAGCAGACGGCCAUCAAGGUGUCGCUCAAGUGUCCAAUCACCUUCCGGCGCAUUCAGCUCCCUGCCAGGGGCCACGACUGCAGACACAUACAGUGCUUUGACCUGGAGUCCUACCUGCAGCUCAACUGUGAGAGAGGAACUUGGCGGUGUCCUGUGUGCAAUAAGACGGCUCUUUUGGAGGGGCUAGAAGUGGACCAGUACAUGUUGGGAAUUCUUAUUUACAUCCAAAAUUCGGACUAUGAGGAGAUCACCAUUGAUCCGGUGUGCAGCUGGAAGCCAGUCCCGGUGAAACCAGACCUGCACAUUAAAGAGGACCCAGACGGUCCUGCCCUGAAACGCUGUCGCACCCUGAGCCCUAGUCACAUGAUCUUGCCCAGCGUCAUGGAGAUGAUUGCAGCCCUGGGACCGACCUCCUCGCCCUACCAGUCUCUACCGCAGGGUGGCAGCAGCAGCACACCUGAUUAUCCCAGCCAAGGUGGCUCAGGAUACUCUAACCAGCCAGGCUUUUCGGACUUUCCCAAUGCCCCGGGCACCCCCAACCUGGGGGAGUUUGCUUCCGGGCCGCCCCCUCUCUCUUACCAGUCUGACCUGCCUAGUGGACUCCUCACCCCGGAAAAACCUGUGGGACAUCCAAUGUCUGGACAGAUUCCCCACUCUAGUCGCAUGGACCCUUCCCACAAUCCCCUCCAACAGCAGCAACAUCCGCAGCAGCAACCGCAGCAUCAAGCUCUCCAUGGAAACUCAAACAUGGGUGGCCCUGGUGGACCCAUGCACUCCCGAAACUCCUCUCAGAAUCCCCGGCUGCACACAGACAGCUUUGGGCUGGGCAGCCCUGGGGGGCCCGGAGACGUUCCAGAGCCUGCCCUUGAUCUUCUCCCUGAGCUGACAAACCCUGAUGAGUUACUCUCCUACUUAGGACCGCCCGACCUCCCCAACAACAGCAACGAUGACCUGCUCUCCCUGUUCGAGAGCAACUGAGCCCCAUCCCACUCAUCCGUCAGCCUAUAGCAGCCGUCCAACAGACAAUCUCCCUAAUCCUGCAUACUCUCGGCUCGCCUUGGGGAGGUUUGGGAAGUGUAACAGAUAUCCGAUUGCAUCUUUGCACUGUUUCCUCCUGAGACUGGAAUGCAGUGACUCAUGGGAAGGUGCAACAAAGAUCCUUUUUUUUUCCUGUGACAGUGUUGCUGUUUGUCUGCUUAUCUGAACUCUGUCAAGAUUUUGUGAAUUUCAGUUCGAAAGAGUUCCUUUCUCUCAAAUCAUUUGUAGAAAGACGCCUCAACUCACAUCUGACUCAUGUGGUGUAAAUUGCAUUAUGUGGGGGCGGGUGGGACGGGGUCCCGGUAUUGUUUGUUUCUCAUUGCAGGUCCUGUUUUAAAUCUGAAUUAGAUAAGGAAUUAAUUCUAGGGCGGAUCAAAAACAACAUGGGGGAAACCAAAGUGUCUCACUUUUGUGAACUUGAACGAAAUACAUUUGACAAACAGGUUAAACUUGCUAAGGUAUGCUGUAAAUCACAAAUGCGGCUUACCUUGAGAGUUUAAACCUAAUUUUCUUAACAGGAACACUUUUUUUUUUUUUUGCCCAAAGAUGACCAGAAAGCGAGCUCCAUGUGAUGGUUUUUAACCACCAAUCAUUUGAUAUUAAAAAGUGUGUUACUUGCAGGACACUUUAAGUGUCGCCUUUUCAAACAUGAUAACCGAAGCAAUCACAAUAAGUCAGACUUUAAACAGUAGCAUUAAAGUGCACUAUCACAUUUCCUUUUUUACCUCGCCAAGAGGCGGUCAGUUAGAUGCACAUACCAGAUUUGCCUACAGCUGCAUACAAAAAUGGUGAAGGCAGUGAAUCAGUCAUUUUAUGUAACACCCACAAAUUUUAUGCCACUCCCUGCUCUCAAAAUCUUGUCUGUUUUGUUGUGUCCUUGUUAUUUUUCCCCUCUCAAAGUUCUUUUUAAAAAAAACUGUCUUCCUCCCCUGUGGAUUUAAGGCCACAUGGACUGUGGAUUUCUACGAAAACAUUACAAGAAAGGACUAGUAUGCCUGAUCAAUUUUGGUGCGAACCACACCCUCACUUGUAGAUGCAUUUCAGUUGCCCUUAAAUAUGCAAGUGAGAGGGCUGUUAAAUGGUAGGAAAUGAGUUUUUGUCACGAAAAUGUGUCCGCGUAGAGCUUUGAAACCCGACAGAGCACAAGCAGCCCAGUAGCACCUUGUAGACCGGUUAUAAACACACACACAAAUGCACACAAGAGGUCUAAACAAGGGUGUUUUUGGACAAAAACCUUCCCACAGUGAGAUUUGUGUUUUGCCUGGACAAAUCUGGGUGGGUGGGUAGUUAGCAAGUUGCUAGCUGUUUUCACAAUGCGAAAUGGACUCAUGUUUAAACCUGCACUCAUAAUUGAGAGUGAAAACAUUGGGAUUCAUGUGAAAUAUGUACAGAUAUAGUAUUAUUAUUGUUGCAGAUGUGAACUUUCUUUUAACCCCAUUAUAUGGAGAAAAAAAAAAAGAACAUUUUAAACACUAUGACAAGAGCUUGUGUCAGAUAUGCUCUUCGUUCCCCCCGUUUUCCAUUCAACACCUGUUUUCUCGGCAGAGAAACUGCGGAGGGGAGAUGAGUCUACUGUUGUUAUAUGUCUUGUCAUUUUAUUAUUUAUCAUCGCUCUUCGAGCACUCUAAGCGAAGUGCUGUUUGUAUAAUAACAAUACAGGGAGCAUCAAGAGUCGUCGGAUGUGCUUUUGUUUUUGUUUUGUUUUUUGUUUGUUUGAAGUCAUUUGUGUAUCAUACAAUUUUAUCUUUGAUUAUAUAUUAAUUGUUAUAAUUAUAAAGAUAAUUGAUGGGCCUGUAUGCAUCUCUAUCUCUAUCUCUCUCUCUCUCUCUCUCUCUCUCUCUCUCUCUCUCUCUCUCUCUACUGUGUUAAUUAGCAGAGUUUAUGAAUUUGUUAGAAAGAGAAAAAGAAAAUGAAUUCACCGUCAAAAUCUGUGACCAUGAUCAUGAGAAACUCUUGAGACCAGCAUCAUGUCACAUUCACUUGUUGAUCAAACUGUUAAAAAAAAAAAAAAAGAUGUUUAACUGUCAUGUGUUGGUGGAUCAUUGAGUUCUAUCAAUUGAAUUAAACAUGUACAAUUGAAAUCGAUUUGUUUUUCUAAAGAUGUGAGAUAUUUCCAUUAUGUUUUGUAAGUAAAGACUUAAGCCCCA